AUGUCGGGUGAUACAUACUUCCGCCGUGCCAUUGAUUGGAUGUACGGCGACACGGCUUACCUGCAGAAGAUGCCAAGCCCGGAGAUUGGCGAAAAACACAUUAAUGAACUUCUUGGUCGCCAUCCUUUUCACCCAUUUGAUCCGGAAAUGAAACCAGACCAUCCCUGCUACAAUGCAAACGCCAUUUUUUACAACUGCAUGACUGCAGACCACGUUGAAGGGUAUGAGCUUCACAUGAAGCACGUGAGUUGUUACUUUCCAUACAAGACCGACCUAAUGAAGUGCCUUUCAGGGGAGAAGCGUCGGGCUCGCGCAGCGGCCUGCCAAGACGCAACAGAGCAGCCAAAUGGUUGA